AUGUCUGAACCCAGAGUGUCAGCUUUUUGUCUGAACUACACAGUAGACCCAAAGGAAGGCAGCAUCGCUGGUGGUACCUGGAUCACCAUAUGGUUUAAUGACAGCAGCCUGUACAGCAGUGUCCUUCAGUAUUUUGGACAAGGUUGUCCUCUAGAAGUGAACAUGACAAAUUCAGAAAGCCCCCCGAUAUAUUGUGACGUUCUUCCUUUAUAUUCACCUUCAUCCUCUAUUAAAUGUAAAACGAGAUCAGCAGGACAGGAAGGUGCGUACAAGGUUUCCAUAUUCCAUGGUGGUCAACAAAUCACGAAGGCAGAAAAAGUGAUCUUUAAGUUCUCACUGCUGGAGACCCCUGUGAUCUGUGAUGUCAGCCCAUCCAGUGGAGUGCCUGGGGGCGUCAUUAAGAUUUCUGGCAAACUCAUGACUGAUCACUUUGAAAACUAUGACUUCGAUAUAGACUACAUUGAAGGCCCUGUGAUUAUGAAAUCUGAACGGGAUGGAUGGUCCUCACUCUGCUCGUUAGCAGACAAGAUCUCUGACAGUAUAUACCCCAUACAUGUAGAACGCGGGAAUGGAACCUUGCAAUGCAGGACGGAAGGGAAUUAUAUUGGAUCCCAGAAUUUGACUUUUUCUGUAUUCAAUAAAGGAAGGUCCAUAGUGAACAAAGACUCCUGGCACAUCAGUGCUAAACAGGAACUCUUCCUCUAUCAAACACACUCAGAGAUCUUGUCGGUGAGUCCAGAGUCCGGCGGUAGAGGUGGUGGGACAGAUAUCACCAUCAUUGGGGAUUUCUUUCAGUAUCCAACCAAAGUCAUUGCAGCAGGAACCUCCUGCAAGAUCAAAUCUGUUUCUCCUAGAGCUAUUAUCUGUACAACAACACCAGGAGGACAAACUCACAAUCCACCUUAUCCAGGUAACCGAGGGUUGUGGUUUGAACUGUGGGAUGGAGUGGCUGAUCUAGAUAUUACUGACAAGCCUUUACUUCUCCAUGGAUUAAUGGUCCCAGACGCCAGUUCUCCAGACAUCAGACUGAAACCAGGGCGCCCUUUCAGUGCAAGGCUACAAGGAUUCUUUGUGUGUCCAGAGACAAACAAUUACACAUUCUGGAUACAGGCAGACAGCAAAGCCAAACUCUUCCUCAGUUCUUCAGAGAAGGCUGAACUAAAGUUUGAAAUUGCUUCCAUACCACACGGCAUUCCAACAUGGACUGACCAUUGGGAGCUGGACUGGGACGAUCGCUGGAAACAGAAAUCCUUAAAAAUUGAGCUUUUACGUGGCAAGAAAUAUUACAUAGAGAUGUUACAGUAUGGCACAGGACCAAAGCCCAGCAUGAAAGUUGGCGUUCAGAUUCACAACACCUGGCUGAAUCCAGAGGUGGUGAACACUUACCAACGAGAGAAGCAUCAGAUAGUGGCCAAAUCUUCCCGCCUUCCGGAAAUCCAGAGAAUGACUUUUUCAGGGGAAGGUCUGGUCCAGUUUUGUUGGGACGGUGUAGCAAGUAAACCAAUUCACCUGAACAGCACUGCCAAGCAGAUACAGUUGGUCAUUGAGGACAUGCUGUCAGUCCACUGUGUCACAGAUCUGCCCCUAGGAGAUAUCUUCUACAGUUAUGGAUUUGAAGAAGAUGAGAUGAAUGAGCCCGGCACAAAUGGAGUGAAGGCCGGGUGGACAGAGCCAUUUUGUGGGAUGUUCAGCAUGUUUAAGCCCAGAUAUAUUCUAAAGGCAUCUGAUUCAUUGGAAAAACUGGAGUUAAACAAGUACAGCCAUGUGUGUUUUGCCUACAAGGGAUAUUUGAGAGAUUAUUUGCUGGUCUCCAUCACAUAUAACGCUACUAAGGAGUCACUAAACACAGUAAGAAAGAAUUAUACUUGCUCCUGGGAAUUUCAUGAGCGUGAUCCUGAAAGGUAA